UUGAGCGUGGUUCGUUUCGUGCGACUAUUUCGCAAUCGAAUCGCAUAUUUCUUAAACACACGCACGCAUACACACGCGUGCUCGUGUCGUUGUUCACGUUCACGAACCACGCCGUCGUGUCCAUGCCCGACCUUCUGCGAGUUAUUCCUCCACGUGUUGUUGUGCCGCGAUUUGUUCGCAGUGCGAUUUUCCGUCGUGUGAACACGUGUGUGUGACGAGUGUUUUUAAUAUACAGGGUGUAUAUUUGCACACGUACACAUACAUAGAUAUAUAUAUAUAUAUAUACAUAUAUAUAUAUUAUACACAUACGAAGCGUCAUUUAAUCCUUGGUGGCAGUAAGAUGAGUGGCGGUGAAAAUUUUCCCGAGGUACGGUAGUGACGUAAGAACUUUUGGAUAACAUGUAUCCUAGUGCCGGUAUCAACGCGGCGACGGCGGCGGCAGUGGCUGCGGCAGCUGUAGCUCGUCAUCCGGUCCCGCAGGCCUUGCAACAGCCGGCCCAGUCGUUCAAGCUUUCGGUUGCCGACACCUGCGACAGGAUCAAGGAGGAGAUUAACUUCCUGCAGGCGCAGUAUCACACGAUGAAGAUCGAGUACGAUAAACUGACUAACGAUAGAAUCGAGUUGCAUCGUCAACUUAUAAUGUAUUACGAUUCGGUGUACACUAUAAAUCAGGAGAUGAUGAAGCAAACGGAAAUAGCCAAGAGAUUGAACACUAUCAUCACCCAAAUACUGCCGUAUCUCUCGGCGGAGCAUCAGCAGCAAAUAAUCACCGCGGUUGAAAGGGCAAAGAACAUUUCGAUGCACGAACUGCACAAUCUAACGAAUGGCACACUUCUAUUUUCUAUGUUCCAGAAUCAUCGACCGCCUGAUUUGCCGCGGCUUCUUCAGCAAAUGCACGCUCAGCAGAUGCCACCUGUGACGAUGGCCGCUCAUCCCGGUUUACCUGCGCUUUCGGGAGGAUUGGGACCACCUCCUGGACUUCCGGCACCUACUCCAACGCCCGGACUGUUAGGUAUCGGCCUGUCGUCCGGAGUAGCCGCCACGGUAUCCUCCGCAACUACUCCCGCGCAUUCCUUGUCGAUGUUCAGCAAGCCGGAUAUCCAUCGAAGUCAGUCGGACGAUCAUCUCAAGAGCAACGGUCUGAGCUCAUCGGACGAAAGACAUAGACACUCGGUAUCGCCAGCUGAAAAGUAUAGCAGAUCGCGCACACCGUCGGAAUCUACCCACUUGUCCCAUCAAACGCAAAGUCACCACCACACGCAAAGUCACCACCACACGCAAAGUCAUCACCACGAGCCUUCCUUGAAGAAGAUAAAGAAAGAUCUCGAUAAGGAUGCUGGUCAUAGCGACGGCGAGAAGAGUGACCAGGAUCUAGUCGUAGAUGACGGAAGCGAUAGUCCAGAUAGUCCGAUGGUAAACGGCACGACGUCGCCUCGGGAGAACGGCAUCGACAAAGCCUCCUCGGUAGUGGUGCAUCCAUCUAUGAGCGCCGGCAGCGUGCAAACGGCGAUGAAAAAAGACAUUACGUUGCCACAGCACUCGCCCCGAAGUGGCACGAGCAGCAACGCCAGCACGCCGUCGGCGAAGAAGAUGGAAGACCGCGAAAAACCGACGACGCCAAUCUCAAAGUCGGUUACGCCGACGGCAAUGAUGGGCGCGACAAAAUCAUCGACUUCCGGUAAGCUGCUCCAGGUGCCGCCGGUACCGUCUGCGAUACCGCCAACAUCUGUAGCGGCUUAUCCGACCUCGUUGCAUUAUUCGCCCGGUCUGCCACCACCGCUGCCUCCGCAUUUCUCAUCUACUACUGCCGGGACUCAUCCGUCAAUCGACAUGAUGGUUUACAACGGUUAUGUGCCUAGACCCGCAGCACUCUACGACCCGCACGCAGCUCUGAGACCUCCUGCCGCAUCGUCGCUCGCACCUCCUACUAGUGACAAAUCACAAUAUAGCUAUUAUUGGCCGCCGGAAGGACAGGUGCAACCAACGUCGUUUCCUCCUGACGCUCUUAGUGCUCCUGGUAUACCACGUAAUGUGCGUUCAGUUACGUCUUUUAAUCAGGGCGAGGUAGUUUGUGCGGUGACGAUCUCGAAUCCGACCAAGUUUGUGUACACGGGCGGCAGAGGAUGUGUCAAAGUGUGGGACAUCACUCAAAUUAAUAAUAAUAGUAACGUCAAACCACUCACGCAACUUGACUGUUUCCCGUACGAAAAUUAUAUCAGAUCGGUGAAAUUGCUUUCGGACGGAAGGACGUUGAUAGUCGGGGGGGAAAACUCGCAACUGUGCAUUUGGGAUCUGACCAGUCCGAAUCCGAGAAUCAAGGCCGAGUUAUCGUCCUCGGCACCGGCGUGUUACGCACUGGCAAUAUCGCCGGACUCGAAGGUCUGCUUCAGCUGUUGCAGCGACGGAAAUAUCGCAGUGUGGGAUCUUCAUAAUCAGACACUGAUCAGACAGUUCCAGGGCCAUACUGACGGCGCUUCGUGCAUCGACAUCACCCUCGACGGCAUCAAACUCUAUACAGGUGGUUUGGACAACACCGUGCGCUUGUGGGAUCUUCGCGAGGGCAGACAGCUACAACAGCACAACUUCUCUUCGCAAAUAUUCUCUCUCGGCUAUUGCCCCGCGGGCGAUUGGCUGGCAGUUGGAAUGGAAAACUCCCAUAUCGAGGUGUUACACACUACGAGGCAAGAGAAGUAUCAGCUGAUGCUGCACGAAUCCUGCGUUCUAGCGUUGAAAUUUUCUAGUUGCGGCAAGUGGUUUAUCACUACGGGAAAGGAUCACUUAUUAAACACAUGGCGCAAUCCUUACGGAGCGUUAAUAUUUCAGUCGAAAGAAGAGUCUUCGGUGCUUAGCUGCGAUAUAUCUACGGACGACAAGUACAUCAUCACCGGCGGUGGCGACAAGAAGGCCACGGUCUACGAGGUCUUGUACUGAGUGGGUUUAUACCCGUUAUCACAACUAACUAUUGCAGGCAUAAGUACGCGGCAAGAGAGAGAGAGAGAGAGAAAGAACAGCCCUGCGUGACGUCGAGAAUCGCUGUUGUUGUCAUUUAUUUUGUUAUCAUUGUGUUGUUAGUCGGUCCCUUGAGAAAAAGGCCGAUGCCAAAUGGACACGAAAGAUCUCACCCAAUAGGUUUCAAUAGCACUUGUGUAGUCGAACUUCGCUUCAAAGUGAACAUGCCACACAGAAGUGAAGUGACGAAAGUGAAAGAAUCUCUUUCGAUAGAAUUUGCUUUCCCUCUCGUGCUUGCAUCCCGCCAUUUUUCCCGGACAGCACAAAAAGUGGUCUGAAACAUGUGGCUACAAAAAUAAAAAUAUCUUUUGGGCAUCUCGAGAUUUUCAGACUUUUUCUUCACAGUCGCACACAUGCGCGGAAAGAAAAUAAUCUUGCAAAAAAUAAUCUUAUUCUCAAUGACGCUGGAUUGUGUGAGAAUCGGAAAAAGAAAUUUUAUAGUAUUUCAUAUACUGAUCAUUUCUCCCCAGAAAUUUCACUUCUUAGCGAGGUUCGACUGUGUAUUGCGCUUUUGAGCUACACUACAUCGUUCCUGAGUGUUGGUCCUUGCUUUCUAAAAGUAGAUGAAUAAGAAAACGUAAAGUAUAGUGAAAAAAAAAAAAAAAAAAAAA